UUUGAAGAAUUAUAUUUAGUGUAUUCAAAGAUUUAUAGUAUAAACAGUCAAAGAUUGUAUACAUAUUAUUCGAUUUGUUGCCAAAAGACGAUCACAUUCUAAUUCAUUUUCCACCAAAUUUGGUAGAUUUGAAUAUGACUAAUUAUUGUAAAUAUACAUUACUUAGAUUUCAAAAUUUGCUUAUAUAAGGAGCUCUAAAUCUCUAGAACUACUCCUAAAACAUUCAAACUAAAAAGAUUCACAAGAUAUUAGUAAUAUCACUGAAAUACAUUUUUUUGAAACAAGAAAUGGAUGUUCGAAGAUCUCCAUACAUUUUCAUUGCAGUUUCUUUCAUUGCAAUGUUCUUGACCACAGGAGUAAGAUCACAGCCGGUAAGAGAUAUUUGCCCAGGGGUAUGCCAUGCUGGAAUUGAACCAGACUGCGACACACUCUGCACUAGCUUAGGCUUUACUGGAGGCUAUUGUCAAGGAUUAACAUGUUGUUGCAACCCAAAAUCCUCCAAAUCCUCAAUCACUCCUCCAAUUUAAAUUUUGUUUUGUAUUACUCUUUUAUCUUUCCAAAUAAACGCUAAUAAAUCCUUAAACUUUUAUAUGGAACAACAAAUAUUUAAUUGAAAGUUUAUGUCUUAUAGUAUUUUGUUGGUACUUUUGGUAGUAAAAUUGGCGUCUUUUCUCAUAGAAA